GCAGUGCGCUGGCAGGCGGAUCAGUCAGUCGAUUACGGUCAGUCGAGGAGUUAAGACAAGCAGUCGAUCAAAUACCGAGUAAACAUAAACCCAACCAAGUAAACUACGAGGGAGCCACCACAAGGCGAGUCGUCGAAAGCAGCACCGUGGGAGCCUACAAGGAGCAAGAUUGACACGUCGAGACGUUCGGGAUCAGGAGUCUCAGGACUGAGAAAAAGGUGACUGAGGUCUGAAGGGGCACUACACGGCUAAGUCAAGGUGGUCUGCUUAUUUCUGCCAACGAGGUCUUGGCGUUACGUCUGGAGGAUCUACCAGACUGGGAGCAGUGAAGGCCGGCGACAAGAAAUCGUGAGCUCGGUGGUAAGCCUGUCGAACCCCAUUGUACCUCGCCCCAAGCACUACUUUGGCGUGUCCCGGCGGGAGCCCCGUGCGCCAAGUGGAGUUGAGCAAGUCCUGGCGCGACAAGCCAGAAGGGAGAGAAGUCCCGGAUAUGCCUACGAACCCAACACAGAAGUCCACCAGCCAGCUGGCAAGGAGAAUCGAGCCCGCAGGAACGGCACGGACAGUACGCGAAAGGGUUAGGCUAGGGUGGAACGUUCGUUUAUACCAGGCGUAGAAGCGAAGUGAAAAGCGAGGCAGCUUCCUUUCAGAUCCUGGAGAACUCGUCAGUCUGUUCACCCUAGUCUAAAAACGGUGACGCUACCCUUAGCCCGCACGGCUGACCCCAUAACGAGUCUGAAUCGUGGCCGAGCAGUCACCGAGCCAAACGCGUCAGGAACAAGCAGCGGACAAGGAUCUUCAGGGAGCGACAAAACUGGAACACCGUGACAACGAGGCAAGCGAACAUCGAGACAACCCAUACCGGCGGAGACAGCGAGACAAGAAAAUUAUAAAGCCGACCGCAGUUAUACCCGCAAUGAACCCACUACGAACCCGUGAAUUCUGUGCUUUCUCAAUGAACUAUUGGGCGGUUACGUUUAAACAAAUUUGGUGGGACGAACACACACAAUCUACUGAGCUAGCCGCACGAAUCUCGUAGCGAACAGAAAGCAAACAAAUCAGUUCGUUACAUCUGGCGCAGUGAAAGCAAAAUAAACAUAAUGGGAAAAAAGUGGAUUUACCGCCUUAAGAAGGAGGUCUUCGCCCAGGUCACACAAAGACUUAAUGACGCCCUGGACGGCAGAUUAGAGGACAUGAGGAAGACAUUGUCGGAGUAUUACUCCGAGACAGAGAAUGACCCACAACUUGCCGACAUCUGGGCUGAGCUGGAAGCUGUGUAUUACGGCAGAGCCGUGCCGAGCAUCACGCUAACGAACGCUGAAGGGGAUAACCUAGUAGCAAGCUUGAGCGUCGACAACUUGCAAAGGGAGGCUUACAGGAGAGAUUCAAGCCAGGACAGGAAGACAACAGUGCUGACCUCUAGACCCAGCCAGUCAGAUUAUGCAAGGGUCACUAAACAAGUCCGAGAGUGGUUAUUCAGGUUCGACGGGGCGGAGAAACCGUUCAAGUUUCUGGUACAAGUAGAAUGGUCCGCCAACACCUACGGUUUAGACCUAGACAUGAUCCCCCGAGCGAUGCCGGAGUUGCUGAAAGGAAGGGCGUUGAAGUGGUUUAUCGCCAACAAUAAACAAUGGAAAACCUGGGCAAGGUUCAUUGAGAUCUUCCAUCUUUACUUUCUGCCGAGAGAUUUUUUCACAAGGCUGUCGGAUCAGGCAGGCAACGAAAACAUGGUUUCAGUGAGUCAGUUAAAGACUACAUGAUCGACAUGCGGACGAUGUCGA